AUGGCCGAACCCACCAUCAUCAGCAACACGGCGGCGCUGGAAAAGUUCCUCAAGCUGCCACAAAAGGGCCAGGUCAUUGCCGAGUAUGUCUGGAUUGAUGCCUCCAGCGGCGUGCGCUCCAAGUGCAAGACCCUCCCACAAAAGCCCACAAAAGUCUCCGACCUCCCCGAGUGGAACUUUGACGGCUCCUCCACCGCACAAGCUCCCGGCGACAACUCCGACGUCUACCUCCGCCCCGUCGCCUUCUACCCGGACCCUUUCCGCCUCGGCGACAACAUCCUCGUCAUGUGUGAGACGUGGAUGUCCGACGGCAAGCCCAAUGCCUACAACUACCGCCACGACGCCGCCGUGGUGAUGGAGAAGCACGCCAAGGAGGAGUUCUGGUUCGGUCUGGAGCAGGAAUACACCAUGCUCGACUUCACCGGCUGGCCAUAUGGCUGGCCCCGCAACGGUUUCCCGGCUCCCCAGGGUCCAUACUACUGCGGUGUCGGCACCGGCAAGGUCUUUUGCAGAGACAUAGUAGAAUCGCACUACAAGGCCUGUCUGUAUGCCGGCAUCAACAUUUCUGGAACCAAUGCCGAGGUCAUGCCCGCUCAGUGGGAGUACCAAGUUGGUCCCUGCUCGGGUAUUGAGCUGGGCGACCAGCUCUGGAUGUCUCGCUUCCUCCUCCACCGCGUGGCUGAGGAAUUCGGCGUCAAGAUCACCUUCCACCCCAAGCCCAUCCCCGGCGACUGGAACGGCGCCGGUCUGCACACCAACGUCUCCACCAAGGCCAUGCGUGAGGAUGGCGGUAUGAAGGUCAUGGAAAAGGCCAUGGAGGCCCUGGCCGGUCKUCACAAGGAACACAUGAUUGUCUACGGCGAGGGUAAUGAGGCCCGCAUGACGGGUGCGCAUGAGACGGCCAGCUACGACAAGUUCACGUGGGGAAUCGCGAACCGUGGAAGCAGUGUGCGCAUCAACCGCCAGUGUGCCGAGGAUGGCAAGGGAUACUUUGAGGAUCGGAGACCGGCGAGUAACGGCGACCCAUACCAGAUUACUGGCAUGAUUGUCGAGACGCUCUGCGGUAAGGUCGAGGGAGCCGACGUCUUCGGAAAGACUCAAGAAGCUGCGCCCCAGCAGGUCGAGAUGGUGGUCGGCGUCAGCAAGCCUUAG